GCGGAUGCAACUUCCGGCCGGACUGAGAGUCGCCGGGAGCAGGUACCUGCGUGAGAGUCCAGUCCCUCAUUCCUUUGGCCCAGGUGGAGGUACCUGCGUCGUCACCGUGGGGUGUCCGAACGCACGUGACCAUGUGGCUGCAGCUGGCACGCGCGGCUGCCCCGCUCCUGCGAGUGCCACUGUCAGGUUUUUGGGCGGCUGCGCCCGCCAGUGCCGGCCUAAAGAGGCUGCUCCCGGUGCCAACUUUUGAAGAUGUUUCCAUGCCUGAGAAGCCUAAGCUUAGAUUUGUUGAAAGGAUGCCACUUGUGCCGAAAGUGAAACGAGAACGUAAAAACCUGAGUGACAUACGAGGACCUUCCACUGAAGCCACUGAGUUCACAGAAGGCAACUUUGCAAUCCUGGCACUGGGUGGUGGCUACCUCCAUUGGGGACAUUUUGAAAUGAUGCGCCUGACAAUCAACCGCUCUAUGGACACUAAGAACAUGUUUGCCAUCUGGCGAGUACCAGCUCCCUUUAAGGCCAUCACCCGAAAGAGUGUGGGGCAGCGCAUGGGAGGAGGCAAAGGUGCCAUUGAUCGCUACGUGACACCUGUAAAGGCUGGCCGUCUUAUAGUAGAGGUGGGUGGGCGUUGUGAAUUCAAAGAGGUACAGGGUUUCCUCAACCUGGUUGCCCAAAAGUUGCCCUUCGCAGCGAAGGCUGUGAGCCGCGAGACCCUAGAGAAGAUGCGGAAAGAUCAAGAGGAACGAGAACGUAACAACCAAAACCCCUGGACCUUUGAACGCAUAGCUACUGCCAACAUGCUGGGGAUACGGAAAGUACUGAGCCCAUAUGACCUGACCCAGAAGGGGCGAUACUGGGGCAAGUUCUACAUGCCUGAGCGAGUGUAGUGAGUGUGAAAAAUAACUGUAUGUAGGCUACUGAGAGAGAAGGAAUCGUCUGCAUUUUUCUUCCCAUCAGCUCACCCCACAAGGUUUGGGUGGCCCUUAUAUCUAAGGAGCAGCAUAUGAGUAGAUGAUUUCUGAAAAAUGUAUAUUCUCUAUUACAUUUUUUUUAAGUACAUAUGUUUAUAAUAAAGUUUGAGCAUCAUGUCAGGAAGUAGCUUCUCAUUGUUAGGUGCCGUCGAGUCAGUUUUCACUGGUCACUCGUAAUCCUUUAAGUGAUUAAGAAAUAGGCCUGAUUGACUGUUCGGAGCUCUGGCUCUCCCGAGUAUAAGAUGAACAUCUUCAGGGCUAAAGCAAGUGUUUGCAUCCCCACCUCUGAUGCAAGUCAGAUUUGAGGUCUGUACUACAUUUUAUGUGUACACCCUUCAGGAGCUAGUUUCUAUGAGAUUUUACUGGUUACAAACAAACUCAGUAAUGUUUUUGGAAUAGCAAAGAAAAAACGAGUUCUGGUUAAUUGAUUGAGCAGAUAUUUAUUGAUGCCCAGCUACCCAUCUUAGUCUUGGAGGGAAGGAUGUUGGGACAAUAUGGCAAGGAGGAUAGCACACCUUUGCCUUUUGACAAGAGGAACCAAUAAAAACAAGUUGGAAUUGUAUGGUCUUUCCUAGGUCUGAAGUCCUUUUCCAAUAGUAUUUGACUCUAUCUUUGUGUCUCUGCAGGAUCUAGUAGUGUCAUGUGCCACAAAGCACUCAAAUAAUUAAUUGCUAGGAGAAUGAGGACCCAUGUGAUUCAAAUCCCACUGUUCAACUCCCCGUUGGCCCUUAACAAGAUUAAUCUGUGUUUUCAGAGCUGGCCAGUAGUAGUCUUCUAUCCCCUAUUCAAAUUAAGGAAAUACAACUUGAUAGAAAUACCAAACUGUUUGCUUUUUAAUAUCACUCUUUCACUUUCUUAUAAGAUCUCCAGCCAAAAGAAAAACAGAAUUUACUUUCAAAGGUAUGAAUUUAAACAGUCCUCAAGAGUUGGACACUGAUAUGUAAUGUAUUUUAGUGAACCUCUGGUAAUGUAACUAAUCACUAAGUAAGUUAUUUGUAUUAGAAUUCAUAUUCCAGGUAGCAGUUGUAAAGCUGAACACACCUGAACCUUGAAUUGGAUACAGUGUCUAGAACAGUUUCUUGUACACACUGGUAACCAACAGUUGCAGCUUGCACAACAUGAAUCAGGUAAGAAGUGACGUAAGCAAAGCCUCAUUUCACCUUGUCACCUAACAUCUUAAUGUUUUUGUUGUUGUUGUUGUUAUGGUUCAUAAUCUGAUCUGCCUUAUCGAAUGUGGUACUGAUGACUUUGAAAUUUCAGUCGGCAUAGAUCUUUUGUUUUGGGUCUGUUUUGGUUACUGAACUCAAGGAUCCUGGGGCCCAUCUACCAGGAUGAGAGGCUAUGAUAGUAGAAUUCCACAUGAGCACCCCUAGAAAAAGCACAUUAAAGUAUAUGUUGUGAUAACAGGGAGCCUGCUAUAGCAUUUUUGCAUUAGUGGGUCAGCCCAUUCCCAGUCAGCUUUACACAACCUCUGACACUAAAACCAUCUUCCCAGUGAUGCCUGAAAGGGCUUAAGAGUCAAAUCCAAGGACUCUUUCAUGGGCAAAAUCAGAGUUUAAUUAUAGAUAAUUAAGUCAGCAAAUAUUUACUGAGCACCUGUAAGUGGCAGGCGCUGUGCUAAGCACUAGGGACACAGCAGAAAGCAAGACAGGUGUGGUGCUUAUCCUUAGAUAAUCUUCACUUGAGGACUACUGUCAGACCCUGAAGGAGAAAUUAGACAGGGUUGAUGAGAGGUGAGCCCUAGAAGGUUAAGAGCAGAAGUAACAAAUGCCUUGAUCUUGUUGAUCAACUUAGAGCAGUUAAAAUAAGACCCUAUUGAAUUAGGUGUUCUAUAAUAUCUGUCUCUUCAAAGCCAUACCCUCAGGGCAGGCGCUAAGUCUCGUUUCCUGAACAGGUACUCAUGCCUUCUCUACCCUACAGUCCCUUUAAACUGUCUGCCCCACCAGCUUUAUAUUACUGGGCUCCCUGUUCCAUCGCCCCUGCCUCCUACCCAGUUCUGUAUUUUCCUAAGUCUGUUCUCCUUUUGCAUAAGUUUUAAUAGUUCAUCGAUGCCUGGUGUCAUAAGAGGUUUCAUAAUGGAAAGAGGAGUCACGGUUGAGGAGUCUGCAGUGGAGAGGUGAUGGCACCACAGAGGUGGAAGGAGGAUUAGAAAUGCCAGUCGAGAAUCCAUCUGUGGGGGCUGAGGAAGAUGACAGAAGAAUCUAUUAUCGUAAAAAUCAUAGGUUACAUAGCAUGGUGUUUGAGGCCAGGUCACCAAGUCCUUAUGCAGGGAUAAGAAACUAAUCAUGAGGCUGUAUUAACUAGUCCUAACCUUGUAAAGGACUGCAAUUAUUUGGGUUUAAUGUGUGGCCCUUUUCCUAAGAGUUCAAGGUGCUUCUAAUGCAAGAACUCUUUCUCCUUUGCCAUUCCCAGAUACCAAGCCCCAAAUAUUGCAGUAGGAAGUCGACAUCCUUGGCCUGUACAAAACAUUCUGCUAACAGACCUGGUAAUGGGACAGACUGCCACCUACUGUCUACCUGCUACCAACUUAUUCUUCACUCUUCAUUUUUCCAUGAAAUAUGCUUUCCUUAAUUCUCUCCAACCUUUUAUCUAUCCCAGCACCUAUUCCCACCAGAUACCCUAGGACAUAAGAGUCUCAGAUAAGUGACAGCGGGCUUGACCCUCCCCGUUGAUGGCUCACCUUUUUCAGGCAAAUAUGCCCCCAACAGUAGACGCUAAGAUGAUCACAAGGAUAACACAGCAGAUCAUGAUCAUGAUCUUCUUCUGCUCGUCCAGACAAGGGAAGAAAAAGCACGUGAGACACAACAUCACUGUACAGAGAUAGAGUUCCGAAAGGGGGGACAAAAUGGGUCUGGACAAGGAGGACGAUACGAAGAAAAAGGGAACAAAAGGAGGAAAGAGGACAUGGAUCUGGCUUAUAAAACCCAGAGGGUUAACAGAAAUGUUAUUUCCAGAUGAGAGAUUGAGAAAGUUGAUCAACAGGACCCUCAGAGGAUGUUUAGUAUGUCAUCUGUCUUCCAGGUACCAUCCCAACAGAUCUCUCCCAUUUCCCUCUAGAGCCAAAGACUCUUAGGGAAUGAACUGAAUUAUUUUGAGAGGAGCACCUCAAAUCUGAAACUCAUAUGAUCGCAUUGCAUCCUCUGAGAGUUAUAACCAUUUUCAAAGAUAAGACAACUUUCAACCCGUCUGGUCCAGCACAUGGUUAAAGAUUUGAAUCCCCAUCCAAAACCGCACAUGGAGGCUCGCAGUCACCACAUGUUUUGCAGGGAGAUAGAGCCAGAGCUGUUUCGUGAUCAAUAUAAAGUCAUUUAUUUUUAAAUUAGAAAUAAAAUAAUCAAGUUUACAUUAAGAAAAAUACAAACAACAAAACCCUUCACAUGUUGUAUUCCAAAACAUAAGCCCUGGGCCUUGAUCUCAGAGGAGAGCAAAGGCUUGUGAUUAGAGCUGGUCGUUGUUGCUAGAGCCAAUCCACUGUCUGACAUCAUAGCCGUGGGCAAGAAGGACAUUCCCUCAGCUCUGUCUGAAUGCUGGGUGAUGACUGGGAAUAAGUAGCUCUUGCAAAGGAGGCUAACAGGCAGUGCCUGGAUUAGGGUGCUCACCCUGUCCUAGAAAGCAUUAAAGUCAAAGCUGAAAUAUACCUAGUACUCAAAAUCAGGGAAACUGCUAGGGACCAGCAGGGACUCUGAGGGGCUUACCACAGGUUCAUCAGAGUCACUACCCUUGAAAAUACCCCAGGCUGUUGCUUUCUCCACCGUAUGAAUUAGGGGAGACAAAUAACCUUUCAAGCUCAUUAGCCUGAUAGUAAGAAGAACUACUUAGUAGUCCCUGCUCUCCCCCAGCUGACUCAGCCCUGGAGACAGGACAUCCCAUAAAUCACUUGAAUGACACCAAAUUGCUAUGGGAUGUUCUCAGGCAAGGUGGGGAGAGGUGUCAAAACACAUCACACCUGGUCUGCUAAGCAGAACUUAACGAGGAUCAAUUAAGUCCUCACCCCAAAGAUUUAUGAUUCUCCUAGUACUCAUUCAGGAAAUGGGUUUCUUGAAGACAUGGGAAAAUCAAUUUCUACUGCAGUUCCUUUGCAGGUAAGCAAACAGCCUUAUUUUUAGCCUAGGUCAGGGUUAUUUUUUUGAGGUC